UGGUCCCCUCAGCAGGGGCCGCGGCCGUGACAGGAGCCGUGCGGGGCGGCGGGGCCGGGGCCGGGGCCCCUCAGCGCGGCGGGGGCGCCGCCAUGCCGCUGGGCCGGUGAGGAGAGCAGCGGGCGGCGAUGUUCGUGCAGGAGGAGAAGAUCUUCGCCGGCAAGGUGCUGCGGCUCCACGUCUGCAGCGCGGAGGGCGCGGAGUGGCUGGAGGAGGUCUCGGAGGACACCACGGUGGAGAAGCUCAAGGAGCGCUGCCUCAAGCACUGUGUACCUGGUAGCUUGGAGGAUCCAAAAAGCAUAACGCAUCAUAAACUGAUACAUGCUACUUCAGAGAAGGUGCUGACCGAUACAAAAACAGUCUUGGAGGAAAACAUUCAAGAUAAAGAUGUUUUGCUAUUAAUAAAGAAGCGUGCACCCCCUCCACUUCCCAAAAUGGCAGAUGUAUCAGCAGAGGAGAAAAGGAAACAGGAACAGAAAGCUCCAGAUAAGGACGCUAUUCUCAAAGCAACAGCAAAUCUGCCUUCUCGCAGUGUGGAUCGCACGGUGGCCCACCACAACAUGAGGGAUUUCCAGACAGAGCUCCGGAAGAUCUUGGUUUCACUGAUAGAAGUUGCACAAAAAUUGCUAGCACUGAACCCAGAUGCAGUUGAGCUAUUUAAGAAGGCAAAUGCCAUGUUGGAUGAGGAUGAGGAAGACAGAGUGGAUGAAAUAGCCCUGCGACAGCUCACAGAAAUGGGGUUUCCCGAGACUCGAGCCGUCAAAGCCCUUCGUCUAAAUCAUAUGUCAGUAACACAGGCCAUGGAGUGGCUGAUCGAACACGCAGAGGACCCCAUGGUUGAUGCACCACUUCCCGGUCAGACCUCCUCAGAAGCUGCAGCUGAAGCAGGCGCUUCCUCUGCCGAAGCAAGUGCUGCUGGGCCUAGUUCAGAAACUGGUGGUGAAGAGGCCAAGGAUGAGCUGACAGAAAUAUUCAAGAAGAUCCGCAGGAAAAGAGAAUUUCGUCCUGACCCACGAGCCGUCAUUGCCCUGAUGGAGAUGGGAUUUGAUGAAAAAGAGGUGAUAGACGCACUCAGAGUAAACAACAACCAGCAAAAUGCAGCUUGUGAAUGGCUGCUGGGAGACAGAAAGCCCUCUCCAGAGGAUUUAGAUAAGGGAAUCGACACCAACAGCCCUCUCUUCCAAGCCAUCCUAGAAAACCCAGUGGUACAGUUAGGACUAACAAACCCUAAAACGCUAUUAGCCUUUGAAGACAUGCUUGAAAACCCCUUAAACAGUACUCAGUGGAUGAAUGAUCCAGAAACUGGGCCUGUCAUGCUACAGAUCUCUCGAAUCUUCCAGACGCUGAACCGCACGUAGAGGGGGAAUGCCGAUCUACUGUGCCACUUCUACUGUCCCUCGCUUUGCGUGUCCUGGACAAGAGGGAACAUAGAUUGUUUGGGGGGUGGGGGUGGAGAGGGUGGGGAGAAGGAAGCGGGGUAGCUUAUCUGGACAGACAUUUCUCCAGUGAGCACAUGUGUAGUUAUGGCCAAGCUGAAGUUAAUUGCCUUGUGGGCUUAGUGUUAGGAGAAAAGGUUUGAAGACUUGUUUGAGAUUUUUUUUUUCUUUUUUUUUGCUUUCAGGUGUUAGGUUGAAAAUAAAAUAUCUAUCCAAAUAUAGAAAAAGGCUUUGAAAACAAUGAAGCAUAUGAUUAUUGGAGAAAGUGAUAUGAUGACAAUGCUCAUGUUUCAAUCUUCCUUGUAAAAGGCCUGUGACAGUAGUUUUACUAGCCGGCAGUUGUAGCAUCUGGCUAGUGUUUACAAAAGGUCACUGACCACUAGCAUAGGGUAGGAAUCAUCUUGAUACAGUGUUAAUUUAUAUCAAUAUCAAAAUGCAAAGUGCUUUUUAAAUCAACACUUAGGAAAUUUAUUUUUUACAGAAGUCCAAAUAUUGAGAGAGCACAUUUCUAUCCAAGCUUGUUAGUCCUGCAUUCUGAUUUAAACAGAAUAAGUCAAAGAUGGCAUUUCUUUAAUAAGUAGCGUUCCUUUUUCCCUAUUUAUUAUUUCUGCCUUAGUGGUGUUCCAGUCCUACAGGGCUUGUGCAUUGGCAGGAGACUUACUCAAGUCGAUUAAAGAUGCAGUAUCUCUCUUCUUUCACAAAACAUAACUUGCUACACCAGCGCUUGGAUUCUCUUGAAGCAUCAGUUCAUAGGUUAGUCCUGGUUUAACGUAUCCUGGGUUGAGGAUGCAUCCUCAUGUCAUUUAUUUUCCUUGUCUGAGACUGUCUCAGGAAAGGAAGCAUUCUGUGCUGCUGAUGUCUCGUUUAUCAGACUCUGCUUGCAAAAAGAAACUGGCUUGCUUGGGUUUUCACUGUAAGGUGGCCUCAAGUGAAAACUGAAGUUCUUAGGUUUGUGUUCCCUUGGCUUGUUUAUGUUGCAUCAAGCACUUUUGAAAUGUUUAGGCCUUUCCAAAUAAGGUGUUGUCCCCCCCACCCCCCGGUUUGUUUUUUUUCUUGUACACCUCGGAAAUUUAAAAAAUGUCAAGCUCUGUCUUCCCUGGUUUUGUUGGAAGGCAUACUAGAAAUCUCAGCCUGGAUAGAUGAGCUUUGUUAAGCUUCCAGUUUUUUAAAGCAUGGGAGACCAAAUCUUGCAUGCUCAUUUCUUCCUCUGACAGUUUAUGAUGCAUUUGAAUUGUGUUUCAAAAAAGGCCAAAUAUUCUGAUGAAGAAAGGCAUCACGUUUCAGGCAAAUGAAACUUGAUUCUGUUAUAAACCCUGCAGUUCUCCCCAAGAAAUGUUUCAUCUGGUCUUUCCGGCAAGACAGGGCCCUGCCUGGUUUCAGUUAAGUGUGUGAAGAAAACAAAUCUUUCACACCUUCUUUAAGCAGUGUAGUAGUGUGUGCCUCGGGGAGAUUUCUCAAAUAACUUUGCAGGUCACCUUUUAAAGCGAUCGCUUACUGAAGGCAGCUAGCUUCAGUCCAAAAACACACAACAAGUUUUGGCCUGAUCUUGGCAUCCAUGCUGGAAUAGUAUGCAGCUGAGGUACUGAUGUUGCCAGUUUCCCAUAAUUAGGGUGAUGGGUGGGGAAGUUAAGAUAGCUUAGAUUUUAUCUUGACUUACUGUCCCAGUUUUUGUUAUGUCCUAUUAAGUUGGCUAUACUUUAGAAAGCUGGUGAAGACUGCUAGUUUUAAAAAUGAAAACUGAGACCUUUAUAGAAAUGUUGCCUGGCUUUUGAUUUCCAAGUUUUUAAAAGCAACUUUUUUUUCAGGACCUUUUUGCCCAGCAUGUCCUCAUCUUCCCCUCAGUCUAAUUGAUACUUUGGUUUGGGGUUCUACAAAGAAGGCUGGUCCUGCCACGUGGCUUCUCAGAUUAGUCCCACUAGUUUUGAUGCCACCACCUGUAAGUUAUAGGUCAUAACAUACAACACAUCCAAACAAGGGGCUUUGAAGGAUAUCAAUUGUUUCUCCCAUCAGGACUUCCUUUCUUACCCCUGCGGUUAUCCAUUUGGACUCACUCAUACCCAGGAAUGUUACUGUUUGAAGUUCUACACCCUUGAGUAUCUGAUGGCUAUGGUUUUCCCUCCCCAGCACUUUUGUAAAUAAUCCUUAUAAACUGGAUGAAUCCACUGUCUUGUGACCUUUACUGGCUUCUCAGUUGACCAUGACUUGUCCUUGCCUACAGCUCUAAAUUUAAUUGGACAAGCAUUGAGACAGCAGCAUAACCUGGAAAACAUUAAGGUCCAAUCAGGUUCCUAUUAAAAGUCAGCAUCCAAGUUCCUGUUGAUUGCAAGGGCAUAUGUUCAGACUCUUAAGAAUGACAUGAAGUUCCACAUACAGUUACCAGCUGCACAGUCUCCGUGCCAUAUAUAUUUUAACUCUUCAUCUGGUGAGCAGAAUAUUUUACUCUUUGGAGUCCUUGAAAACCUCUGCAUUUUCCCCACAGCAGGGAAUUGGUUAGGUCGCAUGGUUUUGUCAGUGCCUAAUACUGAACAGUAUGCAUCUUCUGCAUUGGAUUGAUCUGGGUGACAGAAGUCAAUCAAAACCACAUCCUCUUUGUGUAUAACAAAUUCAAUACAACAGACUCUUUAAAAACAACUUUUUCUCCAACUGCAAUUAGGAGAAUACACUAAUAUAAUAGAUGAAAAUAAAAAUGCCCUGCUUUUAAUAUUGAAUAACUUUGCAGUUAUAGUUAGAAACCUCAUGAUGAAAGGGAUCCUGCAUCUUUAAAAUGCCUAAAAGCUUUAAGUAUAUAUGAUCAGUUUUAGAACUGGUUUUUUUUUUGAGCUGUACAGGUGAAGUAUAGGAGGUAAAAGACUGGUUAUUAUAAAAUAUUCUCUCCUUGCAAUGUCAAACAGCCUUGUUUUUGGGUUUUUUUGGUAUUGUUUUUGAAAAAGAUGCUGCUUUUAAGAACUUAUGUUUCCAAUGGCCAGUAGUUGGAACUAGCAUGACAUAACAAAGAUGUAAUGUUUUCCAUCAAGGCUUAGGAGCGAAUAACAUCCUUGAUGUAGAAUGCCACUUGAGGAAUCAAUCAUUUCAGCUCAUUAAUUUCACGUAUUACUCAUUCGUGCUGUAUGCUGCCAAUAACCAUGAAGUUGAAAGUCCAAAGGCACGUGCUGUGAGUCAUGUGGAUUUCUACUCCAGCAAGGUUAAUGUAACAUACAGUGGCUGGGGAGAGAUCCUCCUGUGCUUCAUAAGACUGAAAGCCUAAAGGUCCCUGCAUUGACUGUUAAGCUGGGAUUCAGCAUUAGCAGGGCCUGUUCUCCAAGUAAUGUGUAGUGAGUGCACUGUCUAGGAACAAUAGCCCUGUUCCAUGGGUAAAGAUUAAAGGGCUAUGAGCUUUGUCCUGCAAAACAGUGGGCGGUCCUUAAUGGUGCAAGUUAGAUGCAUUGUAAAAAUGCAGUGGGAUUACUUGUGUAAGGAAAUGCUGCUCACAGAAGUAAGGAUUUGUGCAUCUCCUGAGGCCCCUGGCAGAUGUUACACUUAAGAUGCAAUGAGUCUGUUAAUCACAUAGCAGAUAGUAAUCCAGCCACACAUUCAAGCAGUUAAUGGCACCACAAAAAGGGAAACCAGCCACAAAAAUAUUACACAAAACUCUUAAUGUUUUUGUGGCUGAUUUUCCAUCGUACCCUAAACUGAGCUUGUGGCUGGGUUAGCACUGCACCAGGGCCUUCAGCCAGCCCAGCGUGGUCCCUGCCCACUGAUGAUCACAGAUCACUGAUUGUUAGUUGGAUCCAGGACCACACCAGGGCUUCAGGUGGCCCCAGAGUUGGUUCAAGGCAUGGUGUGGUCCUGUCUCCAGUUGACAAUCAGCUGAUGGUCAGCCAGCUCCAGGGUCUGCACUAGGACCAGUUGGACCCCUGGUGCAGCUCUGGAGCCAGCUGACAAUCAGCUAAUUGUUGGGCACCCAGUUUUCAAUUUGCUGGUGCAGGAGGAGCCCAGGAUCUGAUCCGUGCCAUGUGUGCGUGACAUGGCAGGAAGCACAGUUGUUGAGAUUGGGGAUCAGAUCCCAUUGUGCUUUUAAACACAUCUGUCAGCAGCCUAAGUCUAAACUAAAGCUAACAGAGGGCUAUGGCAGUGAAUCCAGCACCACCACUGAAAGUGUCUCAUUGCCUCAUCAGAACUAGGUCAAGGGAAGAACUGGAAGAUGGAUGAAAUCAAGGCAAAGUGAGGAAGUGGGGCAGGUAGGUGGGUUACCUGUUGCCGUAUUGGCUCCUUGUUGGUCUUACACUAGGUCUAUCCCUGCUCCAUCAGUGGAUACAGACAAUCUCUUAACCUUUUGAUAUAAUGUGACUCUCAGAAGCUAGCUAGCUAUUUAUUUAAAUAUAUAUAAUUUAUAAUUUUGUCAUCACAAAGCUUUGAUAUUUUUAAUAGAAAUAUAUUAUAUGAAAGUUUGUUCUCAGGGCUUCAUAUUUAUACUGUCUUUAUAGGGGGGUACAUUUAAGGGUGUAUUUAAAAAAAAAAAUUUAAAAAGCUAGUAGUUACUUUGCAAUUUCAAUGUUGGUUGGUCUUGACCUGUAAAACCAAACUAGCUCAAUACCCCUAGUGAGGCUGCAGUCAUACGCAGGGCCAAGAAUCUGCUUUUUCUCUUUCCCCAGAGUGUGGGUUUCCUUUGAGAUUUGAUGCCUUGCGAGGUAGAAAUGACCAUGCCAGAAUACACAGCAGCUUUGCACCUCGUUGCUCUUUACACAGUUCCAAGGAUGUUUCUGCCUUGUGCACAGAAGGAAAUAGAAAACCAGUUCCCGCUGCUCUUAGCAGAGUAGCCUUUAGCCCUGCACUCCGCGCAAAGGGCGAGGUGAGCUGCCGCACAAGCUUUAAAACCUGCCAGCCGAUUGCUCCACAGUUAGCCAUUUGCAGCCUGUCUGUCACAGUGUGACCCAGACCCUCCCAACCCUAGUUCUCAUGGAGUUCUGAGAACAGCUCUUGGUAUCUGAGAAAUGCUUGAGGAGCCUAAUCCUUUCCAGUUGGAGCAGUCACAACCUUCCUGGCCCUAUUUUGAGAAGCUUUAGCUUUGUGCAUUUCAAACUGUUCGAUUUAGCGUGGCAUUAAAUGAUGAAUGCGUCGUAGAGCUGCAUUGGCAGACCUCGCCUAGGAAGCAGGCAGUGAAAUUGUUCCCUUUAACCUGAGUUUCAAAUGGUGGUUUUCCAAAAGUAGUAGGCACGGGAUGGCACGUGUGUUGUCUGAAGGAAACGCCUGGCGUUUCUUCUUUUAUUAAGUGACAUUUUUAUCACUUGGCACGUAUUGCGUAUUUCUAGGACUUUAUAAAGAGCUGGUAAAAUAACAGGUGGAUAUUAUAUCCACCACUGGGUUUAAUAUUACAGUGACACUAAGAUCUUUUACAGAGGGAUAAAAACGCGUGCUUCAGGGCGUAAGCCAAUCAUUAAGUGCAUCUUCACCUUCAGGCUAAUUAUUUCUCUAAAGCAUUUGGUGCUGGUCAUUGCCAGAAAUGGGAGAGCUAACUGGCUUGGCCACUGGUCUACACUGGUACAGUGAUUCCUGUGUUACUACAGAAGCAAAGCAAGCAGCGUGUGUUAACGUUUACAUGUAAAAAAAAAAUUGCCAUGUUCACUUGCAACACUGAGUCAUAACCAACAUGUGAUGUACCUCUUGUCCUAGGCUUGAAGAACUUAAAUGCAGGGCCUGUCUGAAGCAUAUGGACUUUAAUAAAUGUGAAUGCAUUACAUUCUGACCGAAUUUGGUUAUAGUUUUUAUAUCAUGUUGUAGAGGGGGGAAAUUGUGCUAACACUUUAAACUAAACCCUACCAAAUGAAACGCGUGUUGUUGCCUGUUGCAGCAGGUAACAAACACCUGUAGAUUUUUUUUUAAUUUGCAAGAGCUGUUUUUUACUAUGGGUUUAACAAACUGUACAAGAAUGUGAUUUGCUAUACAGCACUGACCACAAGGUAGCACUAGUGAAGUUAUACUGCAAGGUACCGACUUAAAAACGUUCUUCAUUUCAUCUGUGUAUAAAAUAAAUUAGGUCCAGUAGAUGGUCAUUUUUAUAUGGAACUGACACUGAUGUGUGGCAUGCACAGUUGUUUUUAAGAUGUUACGUUACUUUUUCUGAAGCUUAACUUGGGUGGAUUUUGACAAACCUGGAGAAUUCAGGGUUCAUUCUAAAGGAUGCUAACAUGGGUCAGUGACCUCUUGCAUAUCUGCCGAAAGACCAAGUAGUGGCUAAUGCUAAUACUAAACAUUUUUCAUCCAGUUUCAGUUGAAUACCACGGCCCUACCAAAAGAUCAGCCCAGCCUUGUUACUGGUUUGCAAGCAUUUUGUUUGCUUUAAUCUUUUUUUUUUAAUUGGCUGAACUGUCUUCUCAGAAGGUAUCAAGAACGUUGGUUUAACGGACAAGUCUGGCUUUGCUAACCACUGUAUUAAUAUAGGCAAUCGUUAGGUUGAACCCAUGUGCGGGACUAGAAUGAACGCUGAGUCUUUGAACCUGCACACACAUGCACACUGAAGACACUGAACCUGAAUUGAUAAUGUGUGUUGUAAAUUUAUAACAUAUCUUAAAAUAAAGGUUUUUUUUGAUUUUA